ACUGAGGUAUAAGUACAUGAGCAUCAAGCACAUGACCGUUGACUCCAACCCGCCGCCUCAACUGAAUACGUGCGAAGAGGGCGAAGAAAGGCAGAGAGUGAAAAGAAAACACGAAAAACAUCCGUGACCGAAAGAGGGCGUUUGCAUAUGAGAGUUCCACGUGCGGAAAGAACCACGCAUCAGAGAGGAAACGGAACAACGACCGAAAAGAAAAGUGACCAUCGAAAACUGAACCCGAGGAGUCGUUCAUCGAUUCCCUCUGAGAAUGGAAGACGCUCAACAUCAUCUCCGCACUACUACUCUCAUAAGUGGUCAUCAAUACGUCCCACACCCAUUUCAUCACAUGAUUUCUUAGAGCCAUCUUAUCUAUAUUCCAAAAACCAAGAAAUGGCUUACGACCCUCGUAUGCACGACCGCACUCCUCUCACUCACCUGCGUACUCAUGUCCCUCUUGUGCGGAUGCGUAUACAUCAUCCGAUUCGCCACUAUGAAAAGCAUCCACAAGGCCACGAGUUGGGCACAGGAGACACAGAGAACCACAACACUCAUUUUGUUGAACGUCUCGGUAAUGUUGGCGUUGCCCAGGAUAUGGUUGGCUUGGUUCAUGAUAUCUUUACCGCCUCUAUCCUCGCCUUUGUAUGGCACUCUGGUUCCACAGCCGAUCCAGUCACACCUUCCCCACUCAGCCCCAACGCAGCAAUUGGCCCCCGGGUGCUCAUCUCAGCCUUUUUCUUCUUGGGCUUUGUUUAUUUUGGCGCGAUCGUGAAGACGUUACAGGGGUAUGGUAGGGUGAGCGGCACGACGAGGGACACAGAAACGGCGAGGGAAACGGGAGACGCCAUCAGGGAAGGGAGGGAUGAAGAGAAGGAGCGAGAGGGGGAGAGGACACGAAAGACGGCCCGGGCAAGGCAGAGUAAACGACCGCGAAAAAGACUGGAAACGCACCUCACAUGAAGAUGAUGGACAGCAAGCGAACCAGAGCCAACUUCUCGGACGUACAACCACGGUGGUGGUAAUGACGAUCGCAGUUCAUCCGCUUUGGACGUCCUUCCGGGUCUCGGGUUGCGCGGUCUAGAGAGUCCACCCGCGUCGGAUGAGCAGGGACGUGAGCAGGAGCGUACUCGAGAUGUGGCUCGUGAUGUCGUCUAUGAAGAAGAAGGUAGUCUAGAGAGUGGUGAGGGGAGAGAGCAUCGUGAUGGAACUGCGAGUGUGUAAGUUGCAGGUGCCCCGUUUUGGGAGAAGAGGGAAAGGGGGCAUGAUAGCAAACGUUACCUAGCACCCAUUCGUGAGUACCUUCAUUGCACCAUCAGGGCACAGCAUGGCGUUGUAUCGUUG